CCUUCACCGAUCUCUCAUUCUGUCGACAAGUUCAAAUAAAGAAGAGGGGAUAGCGGAUUACUUAUUUCGAGUCAGAAACCACUUGCUUAUUUCGAAGAAAAAUUAUACUAUGUAAUAAUAAUUUCUGCACUUCAAAAGCCUAACAUGGACCUCGAAUUUUUUUAGCUAGUAAACAUAACUCAGGAACACCUUUGAUGUAUGGUGACUAUGUUUUACCGAAGAAACGUUUAGAAGGUCGAUUAAAAUUACAUGAUUCUUGUUCAGAUAUCAGAGCAUGGAGUCCAAAUUCUCUAGAAAAUUCACGUUACUUUCGUGAACUUAAUGAACAUGACUCAUCAAUGGGAAAAAUAAUACCAUUUAAUGUAAUUAUUGAUAAUAUUAUUCAACUCAAUCCGAAAGCACAAAAUGAACUUCAGACAGUUAAAAAAGAACUUAAAAAAUAUAAAACUCUUAAACUUACCACUAAACAAGAAGAACAGUUACAAAAUUUAGAUAAUAUUUCAAAAAUAAAAGAAUUACCACAGAAAAACAAUUAUACAACUGGAGUUCUAAAAGGUGCAUUUUUCAAUAUCAGUAAAUCAGGUCCUAUAAUUCAGUCAAAUUUGUUAUCAAUCCAUACACCUUGUAAAAGAAAUUCACAGUCUAACACAAGAAAUGUAUCAGCUAUAACAAACCAAUAUAAUCAAUUAUAUUCUUAUUCUUUAACUAUGUUUGAUGCAUCUUUGAAAAAUUAUAAUUUAAUACCAUCAUGUAGGUCUACUGUAAGAUCACUUCCUUCUGCAGAUUACAAUAAAGAGACAUCAUCUUGGAUAGAAUAUAUUGAUGUAGCUGUACAAGUAAACACAGAAACACAUGAUAUAGAAAUACAAAUUGACGAUGAAGUUGAUAAAUAUCUAAACAAAAUUAUAACAAUAUCUGCAAUGUCACAAACAUCAUUCACAUCAAAAUUCAGUAAUGAAGAUAACAGUGCAGAUCUAGACAAAAAUAGUUCACAAACAAAUAAUCACAAGGAACAAAGUUUUGAAUGUGAUGCUUCUUGCAGUAAUAGUUCACAAGAUAUUGAAAGUCUAACUGAGUCUGACACUGAAAUGGAAACAGAAUCUGAUUUUGAUCUACAUAAUAGCGUUCAUAAAGGGAUUAUCAUCCAGAAAGAUUCUGAAAUUAUAGUUUUGAAAAAUGAACUCUGUGUAAGAGAUGCUGAGUUAGAAGAAUUACAUGAUAUGAAUAAACAUUUGGAAGUUUUACUAAAAGAAAAAGAAAGUUGCAUAUACACUCAACAAGGAAAUCUCAAAAUGUUACAUGAAAAAUUAUAUAAAUUGGAUCAUGAACGUAAUUGCGAAGUAGAGGAUCUGAAAAAGAAGCUCUAUAGUUAUAAAUAUUUAAUGGAACAACUCAAACAAGAUUUAAAUGAGAAAUGUGAAAGUUGUUAUUUAUAUUCUGAAGAAAUUGAAAAACUUCAAUUGUAUGUCAAAGAAACAACAACAUUACGAUUAGAAAAAGAGUUACUCUUAAAAAAGAUACAAGAAAUGGAACAACUAGUAGAAAAAGCAGAAAAAUAUAAUAUAACACUAGAUCAAUUAAAGAAUGUCUUAGAAGAAAGAGACGAACUUAAAAAACAAAAUUAUGAACAGAAUUGUAUAUUAACAAAUCAAGAAGAAAAGCUAAAUCAACUGUUAAAAGUGAUCAAAGAACUGUCUAUUCCAUAUAAUGAACAAAUGGAGACAAAGAAUAUGUUAGAAGUUUUAAAAACUGAAAUUCAGGAUAAAGAUAUUAAAAUUGCUCAACAUAAAGAGGAAUUGGUUUCUAUGAAACAAGAAAUUAGUGAUUUUUUCAAUAAGUUAAAAUAUGUCCUAAAUAAUUUGGAAGAGCUUAAUGGCGUUUGUGAAGAAAUUUGUAAUUGUUCAAAAUGUAGCUUGGAUAUUGGUGAAGAAGCAAAUAAUAUACUGUAUAACAUAAACAUCAUUAUAGCAAGAUUUCAAAGUUAUAAAAUAGAAAGUCAAAAUCUCUUACAACAAAUUGGAGAUCUAAAGCAUUAUAUAGAAAAUGAUAAACUAGAAACCUUCUUUGAUCAAAAUUUAAAAUAUAUGAUUUGUGAAAAACUUUCUUGUGACUCUGAAGUGGAUUCAAAAAAUACAAUUGAAGACAGUGUAGUUGCAUUCAAUGUAAAGCAAGAUAUGACUAAUUCAAAUGAAAUAGAAUUUGACGAUAUUUCUAACACAGUUAAUAAUAAAAAUUUAUUAAGUGAAAUAGCAAAUAAUUUAGAUUCUUGUGGACUUCAAAAGGAAUAUCACAAUUAUACCAUUAAAUUAAGUAGAAAAGAUGUCAUAGAUAAUAUAGAAAAGGAAAUCAUUGAAUAUUUUACACAUUUUUUAAUUAAGUUACGUUCUCUUACACAAAAGUUACAAAUAUAUGUAGAAAUCGAACGUCCUGUCAUGAUUCAACAAACUUAUUAUUUUUAUAAAAUUAUGAAAGAUACACAAUCAGCUAUCAAUGUUUCUCAAGAUAUAACUUUGAAGAAACAACUAAUUUCUGAAUUAUAUAAUCAGCAUAAAAAAGAAAAUAAGAAAUAUGAUUCUUGUAUUAAACAGCUUCCUAAUGAUCUAUUACACAUACAAAAUAAGAUAAAUGAAUUUAUUGAAAACAUUUUGUAUCAGUUAUUAAAUGAAAUAUUACAUACAGAGGAAACAUAUUUAUAUGAUGAAAAAAUUAAUAAAGCGAUCGAAAUACAUUUGAAAUCUUGUAUCAAUAAAAUAAAUACAGCUUUACAAGGUGCCGGAGAUCAACACAUACAGAUAACUGGAACAAUAGAAGAACAACAGAACGAAUUAAAAAGAAAAAAUUUAGAAAUAGCUCAAUUGAAAGAAGUAGUGCAACAGCAAAGAGGAGAAGGUAUUGGCUUAAAUGAAGAAAAUAUAAAAAUUAAAGAACAGUUAUCAAAAAUAACUACGGCACUUAAUAAAAAGGACGAUCAUGUAUUGAAGUUAGAACAACAACUUGAGAUACUUAAAAGUGAUUUAUUUAUAUAUGAUAAAGAUUGUAAUGCAUUAAAAAAAGAAAACAAGAAUUUAGAAAAUAUAACAAAUAGAUUAUCAGAAGAAUGUUGUGAGAGUAAGAAACAAUUAAUAAUAAAAACUAAACAAAUUAAAAAUUUAUCAGAGCAAGUUCGUGAACUUCUUGAAACUAAAAACCUAAAGACUACUUUAGAAAAUAAAAUUAAAGAAAUAGAGAAAAGAUUGAGUGAUUUACAAUUUGAAAAUUAUGAAUUAGAAAAGAAUAUUAUUCAAUCCAAUAUGAUCAUUUCUACAAAAGAAGAAGCUAUAACUACCUUGAAAAAUAAAAUUGAUGCAAGUAAUAAUAUUUUGUCACAAAAAAUUGGUAAAUACAAAAAUGCAAUGGAACAAAAACAUCAUGAAAUCAUAAAAUUGGAAGAUGAAAAUAUUUUAUUAAAUGAAAAACUGAAAGAUGUUGAACAUAAACUUAUAGAAAUGAAUUUAAUAAUUGUAUCCCUAACUGAACAAAAUGAUAAAAUUAAUAUCAUAUAUACAAUGCAAGAGGAUCUUACAAAAUUGGACAAAUAUGAAAAAAAAUUAAAGGUUGAACUCAGUAAUCUAAGAACACAACUUAUAAAUGAUCAAAAUAGUAACAAAAAACUUGAUAAUAGCUUAGACAUAUAUCUACAUGAAAAUGAAAUAUUAGGAAAAAAUGUGGAAUAUUGGAAAAAUGAAAACUCUGAAUUAUUAAUUAGACUACAUAAUGAAGUAAUGGAAGAAAAUCUAAAAAGCAAAUUGUAUACUCUUUCCAAUCAAAUAUAUGAAAGACUAUUAAGUCUUCAAAAUCUAUCUAAUUUAGAAAAAGAUUCAUCGAAUAGUAAAUUUAUUAAAAAAUUACAUGAUCAGUACAUAAUUCAUCAAGAUGAAAUAAUAGAGUUAACUGUAAAUAAUAGAAUAAAAAAUUUCAAACUAGAAUAUAAAGAUCAAAAACGAGAAGUAAAAGAAACUGAAAUAGAAAAAAUCGAUGUACAAUUGUCGAAUAACGUAAAUAUAAAAGAAGUGCCUGAAAAUAAUUGUAUAACAUUUGAGCGAUCCAAUUCUCCAAAUAAUUUAUUGAUGAGGUAUAAGAUAGAACAUAUGAAAAGUGAACAUAAUGAAAACCAAAAUGAAAUAAUGAAUAGAGAUGGUGAAAUAAAACAUCCUAAAGAAAUUAUUAAACAUUUAGUACAAGAAAAUGCUGAGCUUCGUGCUAUCCUUAAAGUAGCUAUUACUUAAUAUUAUUAUAGCAAGUAUAUUAUUUCUAUUACUACAUUAUGCUCAACUGUUUUAUAUUAGAUGAUACUUUUACUUUAAUACUUUUACAAUGUUACAUAGUCUCAGAUGGAAGAAUAUCAAGACAAAAUAAUGUUAAUGAAAAGAAACUAUGACAGUAGUUUAAAUGCAGUUUGUGAAAGGCACAAAGCAAACGUUGAAAUUUUGCAAAAACAAUUUGAAGAUGACAUGAAGAGUGAAAAAAUAUUUGACUCAGAAAAUUGGUUAUUAGUAUGUAACUGCACAUUCAUGUAAUGAAACAUUUAAUUGAGGAUAAUUACAUGCUUUUAGUCAUUGAAUAUGAAAGAAUUAAUGGGACUACAUGAACAGAUAACUGUAAUUAUAAACAACAGCUCUGAUGUGAUUCAUAUGGAAAACGAAAAUAAAUGUUUAUAUGAUAAUGCUCAAGAGGAAUUUUAUGCAACACUAAAUGAAGUGGAGAAAAAAUUCCAAAUUCUACCCACAAAUGUACAUGAAGAAGGUAAUACAAAUAAUAUUUAAAAUAAGUAAUAAAUAAUAUAACUCCGUUGAUAUAUUCAUUUAAAGAAUCAAUGUACAAAAGAAUAAUAUCAUCAAUUUCGAAAGAAAGAAAUUCACACAUACAAAAUCAAUGGCAAUUUAUGCCAUUUUUGGGUGAUGCUCAAAAGUAUCAAACUUUACAAACACAAGAUUAUAAAUCAAAUUUGGGACAUAACUUUGGGUAAAUUGUUAAAUAUAUCACCCUGCAUUAAAUAUCAUUAAACUGUACCAUAAAAAUUAUGUUAUAGGUACCACAAUGGUGAAGAAAAAUCUCCAGAAUUAGAAAACAAAUCUAAGAAAGACAAACAAAUUGAAAAAGAUUUCACUGUAUAUUUAUUUAAAUUUGUGUUUUUCUUUUUAGUUAUAUUUAUUUUAUUCUAAUACAAACUUUUAUUUUCAGUUUGAUCAACAAAGAUGGAAUUUUAUUAAUCAGUGUAGUGCAUACCAUAAAUUGAGUAAUAUAUAUGAAUAUACUACAUUUCCUACGAAUUAAUAUUAUUGAAGUCUUUCAAGAUAAAUUUCUUUAAUUUAAAAAAAAAUAUUCGUUCUUUUACUUAAAUAAUAAAUUUGUAAAGAUUUUUUAUAAGAUGUUUAUUCUGAACUUUAACAUUGUAAUGACUUCCUUACUGUAAUUUAUUAUCUUAUAAAUUACGUAAUUAAUGAUAUACAUUUAAGUUAAACACGUAACAAACAUAUAAACACAUAUAAAACUAAACGUUUAAUAUUCAAAUGAGAAGUAAUUGCAAUAAAUUUUUAUAAAAAAUAUAAAAUCUCAUUAUUUGUAAUAAAAAUUUGGUUUAUAUAGAACAAAUGAUUUAAAAAGUACAUUGUAUCUUUUUAGAAACAAAUAUAUUUUUUAAUUUGAAAUUAAACUAUAUGUAAAGAAUAUUUAAAUACUGCAAUAAAGAUUUAUUCUUUGAAGGA